AUGGUUAUGCAAAUGGACAAAAAUGUGGUAGCUGGACAUAGUUACUCCGUAGUCGGUGUAGGAUUAUUCGAACAGUCCAAUGUCUGGUUGACAGGUAACCCGGCCAGCGCAGAGAAGAACGAAUCGAUCUCUUUGGUCCACUCCUGGGGCUGUGCUGGGCCAGUUGAGCCAAGUGGAGAACCUGCAGGUGCGGGUACGUGA